AUGGCUAGAAGGGGAGGCACCUUACCUGCACUUCGUGCCCCUUAUGCAGAAACGGAGAGUCAGGAAUACGGAGUAGCAUACAGAAAUAGCCCUCGUCCAGAGGAAAUAAUUCCAAGGGAGAGUCGCGGGCCAUCCCGUCUUGACAUUUUAGAAGAGAGACUUGCUCAACAGGAAAGGAACACACAAACAUUAAUUGACCGAGCAUUUAAGAUCAAGGAAGAUGUGAUUGACAGUUUAAACUUUACACACGGGACAUGGCAGGAAGAAAAACAUGCCCGUUCUAUGUUACAGGAACAUAUUCGUACUAUCACCGCAAUCGUCAACAAACUCAACACAGACAUUGCUAUGCUGGACGAUCAGUUACGACACCGAGAUAAUGCAACAGUUGGCACAAAUAAUGCAGUCAAGAACUUGGAAGUACACCAUGUUGCCUCUCUGACUGAUCUGCGUGGCAGAAUUGUGCGCUGCGACACAUCAAUCUCCAAACUAUCAACUGAUUUACGUCAAAAUCAAGAGGCGAUGAAAGCGCUAGGUAACCAGGCAUCCGAUAACAACGGCAAAGUAUUGGACAGAGUACACCAACUAGAAUCUAGGCUUGUUCAAGUGACCAACACCCUUGACCGCUAUGUCGGGGAACAGAAGAUGAAGCUGACCCACAUAGAGGGUGAUCAUGGUCAGCAGAUGGCCUUGCUGGACACCAAGACACGCACACUCAUCGAUGACCUUAAGAAUUCAUUCCACAUUUUCCAAACCAACACAGAGGGAGAAAGAGAAAAGCUAGAAUCGCGUAUGUACAGUCACAUCGACAAGAUCUCUCAAGCCAAAGACACUCUCAUUGAAAAAGUUGAGAGGCGGAUGGAUGAAAAUCAUUACGUAACAGAUGCACGGCUUGCAAAGUUAGAGGAAGGACUUCAUGAGGAGAGGGCACGCAUCACCGAACUCCAACAUCAAUUGGAGUCAAAGCUCAUGCUGAAGUUGGACAACCACAUAAAGACGAAUGCAGAGGAGUUCGGACGGUUAAAACGUGAGACAAGGGAAGGUUUCUCCACUGUACACGAAAGUAUCAGCAACAUGAAAACGGUCAUGGAAGGCAAGCGUAAACUUCUUGAGGACCAACUCAGGAAAGAAAUCGGACAAAUCAGGAAAAUGGUUGUGCUUGUAUGA